UGAGUUCAGCUGUAAAUACUGGAGUAUUCCCAUCAGUCUACAAGUGAAUUUGAGCAUCAGACCAUCAGGAAGAAGAGAAAUCUGCAAAGACAGAGUUUAUUGAAGGACAAUGAGAAGAUGAGUGAUCCAGAACCCUGCAGAAUUAAACAGGAAGAGGCUGAAGAACUAAUAGAUGUGAAGGAGGAGAGUGAAGAACUGAGUGAAGAUGAGGAGAAACAUCAUGUCAAAAGUGAAGAAAAAACCCAAUCAGACACUGAACAAAGUAUUUCAGUGGAAAGAACAGCUGUUAAAGAUUUGACCUGCACUCAGUGUGGAAAGAGUUUCAAGCGUAAAAACACUCUGAAUCAUCACAUGAUGAUCCACACUGGAGAGAAACCUUACAAGUGUUCACACUGCGACAAGAGAUUCAGGGAUUUAGGAAACCUGAAAACACAUGAGAGGAUUCACACUGGAGAGGAACCGUAUCGCUGCACUGAUUGUGGGAAGAGUUUCAGACAUUUAUCUUCUCUACGAAGACACACACAAAUCUUUCACAACCUGACGGUGAAGAAGGAGGAAAGCGCCAAUGCUCAACAUUUAUGUUCUUUGUGUGGAAAGAGCUUUACGCAACAGUCAAGUUUAAGGAAACACCAGAGGAUUCACACUGGAGAGAAACCACACACAUGUGCUCAGUGUGGGAAGAGUUUCAGACAAUCAUCAACGCUUAAUAAACACAUGAAGAUCCACACUGGAGAGAAAACUACACCGCAACAACAGAUGUGUCAAAAACCAACACACAUGGUUGUGUUUAUUGCACUCUGACACAUGUUGUGCAGAUUAACACCCAAAGUGUAAUUUAUUUUUGAUGCCUCUCGAUAGAGCUAAACAGCACAUGUGUUAUCUCCUGGGAGGACGGUUUGUGUUUGUGAAAGAGAAAUGCAUCACAUUUUAUAUUAAUGUCGCAUGAAAGUAUAUUAUAAAAUAGGUGACAUGGUGGCUCAGUGGAUAGCACUGUCGCCUUACAGCAAGAAGAUUUCUGGUUUGAGUCCUGGCUGGGCCAGUUGGCAUUUCUGUGUGGAGUUUGCAUGUUCUCCUCAUGUUGGUUUUCUCCGGGUGCUCCGGUUUCCCCCACAAUCGAAACAUAUGCAUUAUUGGUCAGUUGAUUAAGCUAAAUUGUCCAUAGUGUGUAAAAAUGCGUGGCGCGACGAUUCGGGACACUUCAUGUAUCUGCCGCGCCACAGAGAGUGUCUGGUGUGCCGUGUCGCGGCUUCGAGCGGCGCAUCCGGUGCCUCAGUCAAAGUUAAUUCAGUGUGCGUGGUUAUUAGUUUCUGUGUUCAAGCUCGGCACUUGAAACUAGCACACAGUUGGCUGUAAAACAGUACAAAGACACAUAUGAUUUUGUACUCUCUGCUUGGUCUGUGUCAGAGUCGUACAUGAAUGCUGUAUCUCUCACUCCAGCUCCUUCUCGCAGUCUGCCUGUCAGACUCUGUUGCAAACGCAGAGCGAGUGAGCUUAUAGCCCCGCCCCCUUGUUACGUUGGCGGGAAGCCGAAACUAAUUUACAUGUGAAGCAACACACCCCUAAAUCAGCGAGCUGUGGACACGCCCCCAACAUGACACUUUUUAACACAUUAUAAUAAAACAAUCUGAAUUGUGUUUUAAACUGUGGAGUUUGCAUGUUCUCCUCAUGUUGGUUUUCUUCGGGUGCUCCGGUUUCCUCCACAAUAGAAAACACAUGCGUUAUUGGUCAGUUGAUUAAGCUAAAUUGUCCAUAGUGUGUAAGUGUGUGUGAAUGCAAGAGUGUGUGGAUGCAGUACUGGGAUGCAGCUGAAAGGGCAUUUGGUGCGUACAACAUAUGCUGUAUAAGUUAGUGGUUCAUUCCGCUGUGGCGACCCCUGAUGAAGGGACUAAGCUGAAGGAAAAUGAAUGAAAGAAUAUUUUAAAAAAUAUAUUAAAUUGCUGUAUAUACAUCAAAUUACAUGAAAUUUUUCACCAAAUAACGUCAUUUCUUCGCAUAUUUAAAUUGCAUCAGCCAUCGUUGUUGCACUCUUUUCGCUCUGGCUGCCUUAAAAAGAACCAUGAUGGGUGUUUAUCAGAGAAGAUGGGGAAAUUAUUUGGCGGUUUUGGAGGAUGACGCACAGCAAAAGUGUAAUCUUAUUUUAUUUAUGCGUUUUUUAAACUAUUAAUAGUUAUUUGUAUGUGUUGUAGGGAUUGUUUACAGUUUUAACCCAAAGAAUGAGCAGUCUGUCAGAUGAAGAAGAGCCAGAGUCAGAGAUUCAAAUAAAUAAAUGAAGUUUGCUGAAGAUAGUUUGCAGUUUCAUCAGCAGAAGCCAGCUUCAACACUCGCAGUGAGUUCCUAGGCGGCUCUGCUUACAAUCACAAAUCAAUAACAAUUAUACUCUCACAUAACUGCGUCACACAUAUAGGUGUUCUAACCUGAUUGGCUAAAACACAGAUAGAAUAUGCAACGUGGGUGCGUGCGUACAAUUCUGAACAAUAUGUUAAGCAUAUAAACAUCAGACAUCCACUAGACUGUUUAGAGCUGACUCCAGACCUGUGAAACGGAUCCACAAUCAAAUAAAACACACACACUUACAGUAUAAUCUGUUUCUUACCCAAGGCUGCGUAUACUCUCAGCCGUCUUUAUCAAAACUGGUUAAAUAUCGAUAUAAUCUACAUUCAGGCAGUUAUAAUAUCUUUACUAAACACAAAGUCUGUCUUGAAUAAUGAGUCGAAUCACUUUAAAAGAAUUAACAGUAAAAACAGCUAAGUCACUUUAGACAUUUUAGAUAGUAUUAACUCCUAGAAAUUACAGUAGAAACAGCUGUUUCCAGUCCAGAGCCCUUCAAGUACACCGGAGGUCGCAGUCACCUCUGAUAUAGUUUGGUGGCUCCCAGGGGCGGACUGGGACAAAAAUUCAGCCCUGGCACUGUAGCCACACCAGCCCACAUUACCACACGGACAUGCACAUUCACUACUUAUAUCGGUGUACAGAUGGUGAAAUAUUAUAAGCAGUACCAUAUGUAAUAGAUAUUUAAACAUUUAAUGUAUGUGACGAACAAAAACAACCCGUCAUUCUCUGCGCCUCUACCUAAGGAUUAACUACAUACUGUAAUCUAUGCAUGUAUUUAGUGAUUUACUUUAAAGACUAGCUAUGUAUUCAGAGUUCACUACAAAUGCCUACUGUACUACACUGAAAAAAAAAAUUCAAAGAUGAUUCCUUG